AUGACGAAAGGGAAGCCAAAGAAGAAGAUGAAGACUUCUAAAACUUCUGAGGCUCUACAUCCACCGGAGAACGCAGGAGGAUCAUCCCAAGCACCACGUAACGACGAUCUCCCCACUGAUCAGGAUGUCUCCGACACAUUUCAUCAGAGUGUAGAGCCUGAACAAAUAACACCACUCCACCAAGAACCCCCCACUGAUCAGGAUGCUGCAAUGGAGACAGAUGAUCCUCCUCAAAGCCACUCACCUAUCAUAAGUCAGUACGCAGCACAUAUCCACCGCCAAACACCGCUCAUGUCGACCAUCCACACAACCACAGUCCACGACUCUGCUGAACACAACAACACUUCCGUCAACACAUCACCUGUCCACGACUCUGGCGACCACAACAACACCUCCGUCUACACAUCACAUGUCCACGACAAUAGCGACCACAACAACAAUACCGACCACGCUUCACCUGACCACGAAACCGACGAACAGGAUCGCAUUGCUGACAACAUUCCCCCCAGCUCUCAUUCCUCCCCGAGUACUGAUAGUGGUUUAGGUUUUGCGGGCCACGCAGCCACACCUAAUGCUUUUACAACCACAGCUUUAUCCAACACUCCACCUUCCAUAGGAAGUACUGCUUCUGCUACUCAGGAUGGCCUUGUCGACCUCACACUAACAAAAGACCCCUCCAGACAUGUUCCAUCUAGGGAGGAAAACCAUCUUGCAAAGGAACUACUCAGUUCUCCACUUAUUCCUGCUCUAGCCCUCAUCACCCCACUUCCACAGAUCCAGUGGGACCUUUUCCACAAAAUUCUUUCAGCCAACAUAGACGUUUACCACGUUACAACAUCUUUGUAUGAAUUCUCCAACAAAUCCCUCCUCCAAUUAGCGGAACCAAAGCACUGGACAACAAGCUAUUCUCGAUUCAAGACAAAUCCCAAUUUAGAUCCGAUCUACUAUCCUCCCCAAAACUUCCACACCUUCUCCUUAAUCUUCGACAUGAGCUCAUCUGAUUCUUCUUCUCGUUCUCAGACAGGAAGACAGACAGUUGGCAUCCCCACUCGUUGUUGGUGUGGAUCAAACCUGACUACAUUCGGCGCUUCAACGAAGGAGAAUCUUUUCCGCAGGUUUCAUCGGUGCGAACUAGGCGUCAAGAGGAAAGCAGAACACCACUUGUUCAAAUGGUGCGACGAGGCCAUUGUUGACGAGAUUAACAUUGUCGAUGCUAAACAUUGUCACCUAAAGGCAGAUGUAGACUCUUUCAAGAGGUUCACAACACAGAGUUUGGAAAAGCAAGCAAAACACCUUGAAGAUGCCCUUCUGCAGAUUAAAACGCUCCUUGAUGACCAAACUGCUCGAAGUGGGACAAACAACAACUCAGACUCGGCCACAGAAGAUACUUUGCCUGCUCAAUGCCUCCCACCCGUUGCGUACAAGUCAAAAUCACCAGUUAUCAACAUCGCAGUUGCAGCAAUUGCACUAGGAACAAUGGCAUGGCUCUACACCAAGCUCAAUUCCUAA